UUUUGUGUUUGCUUUCCAAAGGGUGGUUCUAAACGGACGAUAUGAAGUGUCUGGUCGUUUUAAUGGUGAUCGGCGUGGCGUGGGCGAUGCCUGCUGCCGAACAAGACUCUGACCCGAACAUCCUGGGAAGCGUCCUGGGCGUCGUCAAGGAGUGCGUCGACGGUGACGUCACCCUGUGCCUCAAGGAGAAAGCUUUGAGAUACGUGGAGACUUUGAGGUCUAAGAGGGAGAUCACGCUGGUCGAUGGCGUUACUUUGGACAGCAAAGGCUCACCCAGGUCUGCCAGGGCCUUGGAGCCACUGCCCGAGGAGCCCAAGGCCAGGGAAGCACAGGUCGAGUCUAGGCUCGUAGACGGUGUGGCAGACUUCUUGGAAAAUUACGUCGUACAGUUCAAGCUCCCGUCUUCCGCUGUUGAGGGCAUGAGGAGAUCACUAGAUGAAGCUCGUGGUAAGAAGAAGAAGAUCAAGCAGCUCCUCCCUCUCUUGGCCAUCGCCAAACUAAAGAUCAUGGCCCUCAUCCCCCUAUUCUUGGGCAUCAUCGCCUUCGCAGCCGCCAAAGCCGUCGUACUUGCCAAGAUCUCACUCCUGGUCGCCGGUAUCAUUGCUCUGAAGAAGCUGCUGGCCAGCAAGCACACCGAGACCAGCUACGAAGUGGUCGCCCAUCCUCACCACGAGGAGCACUACGCAAGCAGCGGCCACGGCUGGGGCAGGUCUAUCGAUGACGCCCAAAACAUGGCCUACAGCGCCCAUAUUAAAUCUGAUUAAAUUACUGCCCAAAAAUUUUUUGGUCCACCGUUUAAAGUACUAAUAAUACCCUGGUAUAUUUAAUCGUUAGCGUUUAGUUAAUUUAUUUAUUUAUUGUACACCCUUUGUAAGGGUUCGCUAGCGCGAUGUUGUUGUUGUUCCCAAAAAAAGUUCGUUCUGUUUUUGUAUGUUCUCUUUAUACUAUAUUAGUAUUUCUCCUGAAGCUCUUGUACGGUAUCCGUAUUUGUGUAUUUUAUUUCUAAAAGUUUUGUAACUUAUUUUUAUUAAUCUUAUUUUAUAAAUCUAGUCUACUUCUAAGUCCUGCUAAUUUAUUUAGUUUAGUUUUUUUUUGUUUAAAUAUCAUUAUCUGUUUAUUUAUUUAUUUUGUGAUAUAUCGUUUAUUCCAUUUAUUAUUUUAUUUGCUUUAUUCUCAGAUAUUUAUCGUAUUGCUUCAUACAAUAUCUAUUUAAGUAUAUUUGCAUGCCAUAUAUAAUAACGUGCAUAUUUUAUAUAGUAGUAGUAUAUGAUAAGUAGUAUGUGUAUCCAUAUAUUAUAUCAUGUGCUUCUAUGUUUAUGACCGCAUACUGAAACGUACAAAUAAAGAACUGAUGUAU